CCAUGAACGGCUCUGGGGGGGAAGCCCAGGGGGGCUGGCAGCCCGAGGCCCUGCUCAUCCCCCUCCUGUACCUCCUCAUCUUCCUGGUGGGCACCGUGGGCAACUGCCUGGUGCUGGCUGUGCUGCUGCGCGGCGGGCGGGGGAAGAACACCACCAACCUCUUCAUCCUCAACCUGGGGGUGGCUGAUCUCUGCUUCAUCCUCUUCUGCGUCCCUUUCCAAGCCACCAUCUACACCCUGGAGGGGUGGGUGUUUGGGCCCUUCCUCUGCAAGGCUGUCCACUUCUUCAUCUACCUCACCAUGUACGCCAGCAGCUUCACUCUCACCACCGUCUCCCUCGACAGGUACUUGGCCAUAAGAUACCCCCUGCACUCAAGGGAGCUGAGGACCCCCAGGAACGCCCUCCUGGCCAUCUGCAUCAUCUGGGCACUGUCCCUCAUCUUCUCGGGCCCCUACCUCAGCUACUACCAGCAGUUCCAGCUGGCCAACCUGACCGUGUGCCACCCCAUCUGGGAGAUCCCCCAGCGCAAGGUGAUGGACAUCUGCACCUUCAUCUUCAGCUACCUCCUCCCCGUGCUGAUCCUGAGCCUCACCUACGCACGCACCAUCCGCUACCUCUGGAGCUCCGUGGACCCUCUCCAAGACAUGUCGGAGUCCAGGAAGGCCAAGGGGAAGGUCACCAGGAUGAUCAUCAUCGUAGCCCUCCUGUUCUGCCUCUGUUGGCUGCCCCAUCACCUGGUCAUCCUCUUUGUGUGGUUCGGGCACUUCCCCCUCAACCACCUCACCUACGUGCUGCGCAUCCUCUCCCACCUCGUCUCUUACGCCAACUCCUGCGUCAACCCCAUCGUCUACGCCCUGGUCUCCAAGCAUUUCCGCAAGGGUUUCAAGAAGAUCUUCAGCUGCCUCUUGCACAAGCAAGCAGCCAACAAGGUGCACCUGGCCCAAGGUACCAACACCCUCAGUGUGCUGGAGGCAGAGCUCAGCCAGGUGACCCACCUCAGUGAAGCUCUGCUCGGACACCCUUCCCUGAGCUGCCAGGUCCCAGCCCAGCCCUGGGGGGAGGCAGAGCCCCUGGGACAGCAGCAGGAAGCAGAUGGCUCCUUCAUCACCUUCAGGGUCACCUAGCACGGCU